AUGUCAGUCCCAUCAACAGCAAGCAGAAGACUUCAAAAGGAAUAUCAAGACCUUUUAAAGACACCACAAGGAUGGAUGUCAGCAUCAGUCGUAGGAGACAACUUACACAAGUGGAAAGCUACCGUUAUUGGACCAGAAGGAUCACCAUUUGAAAAGGGAACUUUUGAAAUUGAUUUGGAUAUUCCAAAUGAUUAUCCAUUCAAGCCACCUGCUUUGAAAUUCACAACAAAAAUCUAUCAUCCAAAUAUUAAAUCUGAUGGUUCUGUUUGUUCAGAGCUCUUGUCACAAAACUGGUCACCGCAAUUAAAGAUUCAAGACGUUCUCGUCACCAUUCGUGCUUUGUUGACUGAACCAAAUCCAGAUAACCCCCUCGAAGCCGAUAUUGCUCAACAAUUCAAAACAGACAGAAACGCUUUCAAUAAGACAGCCAAGGAGUGGACCAAAAAAUACGCGAAAUAG